CCGACUCGCCCAUAUCGAUACCUCGACCCCGCUCAACCAGCAAAUCCGACAAGCGAUUAUUGUUUUUGGAUACAAAACCUAAUCUCAAAAUGAAGGUUUCUGUAGCUAUCCUCGCCGCUGCAGGCGGUGCGGAGGCUUUCUGGCGCAUGGAGUGCCGCGGCAGAUUGGGUGUCGCUCGCCUCGACCCUCUGGUCAACUACGGUGAAGUUGGGUCCCAUGCCCACUCGGUUCACGGUUCUUCUGGUUUUAGCGACAAGGCCGAGUUCGACGACCUGAUGAACGGUGACUGCACUUCUUGCGCUGUUACCCAGGAUAAGUCUGCGUACUGGACUCCUUCUCUCUACUUCCAGCAUGCCAACGGCUCCUAUGAGCUCGUUCAGCAGGUUGGUGGUAUGCUGGCUUACUACCUCCUUUACACGGAUGAUGCCAACCCCUCCAGUGGCAUCAAGGCGUUCCCUCCCGGAUUCCGCAUGAUUGCCGGAGACACUAAUCGCCGUAACUAUACGGUCGGCAACGUCCAGGAUGCCGACCCCCAGAAGUCCGACUGGGCCAGCCUUGGACAGACUUCGCAGACCGAUCUGACUCAGCGUGCCAUCGGAUUCAACUGCCUCAACUACGGAAAACAACCCGAGGGCACAUUGUACCGUCACUACAUGCCUGACAAGGACUAUCUCGAUGCCAACUGCGCCGACGGUAUUCGCGCCGAAAUGAUGUUCCCUUCUUGCUGGAACGGCAAGGAUCUCGACUCUGAUAACCACAGGUCCCACCUGGCAUACCCCGAUCUUGUCAUGAGCGGCAACUGCCCCAAGGGUUUCGAGACCAAGGUCCCUAGUCUCAUGUACGAGACCAUCUGGGCUACCAACAACUUUAUCGGACAACCUGGCCAGUUCGUCUGGGCCAACGGUGAUAUUCAGGGUUUCGGUUACCAUGCCGACUUCAUGAACGGCUGGGACGAGGACUUCCUCCAGCAAGCCGUUGAGACCUGCACCAACGACAGCGGCAGGAUUCAGGACUGCCCCAUCUUCAAUAUCCAGACCGAGGAUCAGCAGGGACAGUGCACCUUCAACAACAACGCCGAGCUCGUCAAGAUGUUCAAGACUUCUCUCAAUGAGAAGACUACCGGACUGAUUGGCGACUCCCUUCCCGGCGGCGUCAAGAUUGCUUACGGACCCGAGCCCGCCAAUGCGGCCAACGCUGGAUCGCACAGCACUACUGUCGAAGUCCCAACUGCUACUUACUCCCAGGGUGCCACUGUCACCAACGGCAACUACAUGCCCGGAGGUAUCUUCAAGGCUGCUAAGGUCGCCGAUGUCAACUCCCCGGUCGUCCCCAGCAUCACCACCGAGGCUUCGUCUGUUAUUACUGAGGCGCCUACCGUCAUCGACCAGGAUGGUGAAUUUACCGCCAUCAGGACCGAGUACAUUACCAACGGCAAUGUUGUCAGCAUGGUUAUCAUCAAGGAGGCUCUCGAGUACGUGACCGUCACGACCACUACUGUUACGGCCGUCCAGACCGUUCAGGCCCGCCAGUACUCUCAGUACAUGAACCGCCACAAGGUCCGCCAUGCUGCGAACCACCGGGCUUAAGCCAUAUGCUAUAUGACUGUUUCCGGUAUCCUCACUUCACUUCUACAGGCCUUGUUCCCUUCCUGGUGACAUUGGCUCUGGGCCACAUUAGUGAAGAGAAAUCUUCGUGGCCAUUU